AAUAUUUGUAGCAUAAGAUGCACUAAAAUACUCCAAUAUAAGUAACGAAACAUAAAAUAAUUUAAGGCUCAUGUGAUUUCAUAUCGAAAUGAUCCAAAUGAAGGUGCUAUUUAUUAUACAAUAUAAAUCUUAGACAAAACUGGUGAUUAUUGGAGAGUUGAUAGAAGGUACUGAAAAUGAGAUUUAAGGUUUUCAUAGUUUGAAGAUUUAUUAAAAAAAUUAAAGCUAAUUUUUGGGGAAUUAUUACCAUCUUUGCCAAAGAAGAAAUAUAUAACAUUUUUAGUUGGUAGAACUUAGGAUGACAUAGAAAAGAGAAAAAUAGGAUUGGAUAUAUUUAUAUAAGUAAUUUAAUAGUUGAGAAUAAGGAUUUAGCAAAUAGACCUGAAAUAGUAGCAUCAAUUCCUUUCAAAGAAUUUUUAGAAAUAGAGAAAAAUGCAAAAGACAUAUUAAUAAAUCCACCUUAGCUUAUAUUUGAAUUUCAAGAAUUUAAACUUGGAAUAAGAGAUUUAAUUUUGAAUCCAGAAACAGGAUUAUUAUUUGUGCUAAUAAGUGACUGCUCUGUAAUAAAUAGAAUUGAUGCUUAUAUAUCAAAUAGGAAAGCUCCUUGGAAAUCUGAAAAAGAUGAGGAAGCAAAAAUAGCUGUAGGAAGUGUAGAAUGUUGGCAUUAGAUGUAAAAUGGAGAAUUUAAAAAUCUUUGGACAAAAGUAUAUAAUUCUUAGGCAAUUACAUGUUAUUGGGAUCAGAUAGCAUCUAUUUUACUGAUUGGUUUAGAUAGUGGAUCAAUUAACUGUCUGAAUGUUCUUGAAAAAGAGGGUUUUUAAAGAUAUUCAGAAAGUUAAGAAAUCGAAUAACAUAAAGCCAGAAUAAUGGGCUUGUAUUAUGAUAGAAGAAAUAAAUAUCUGCAUUCUAUUUCCAAGGAUCAUAAAUAUAAAGUCUUUAAUUUACGUUUGAAAGAAUUAAUUGCAGGUAUCUAAAAUCAUAAAAUGUAGAUUUUACACCAGAUCAACAUGAAUUAACAAGUUUAUUAGUAUGCGAUGAAAGAAGGAAGGUUUUUAUAGGUGAUAGAAGUGGAUAAAUACUUAUUUAUGAUAUAGAGAAGGUAUAAUAAAUAAUUAUUAAAGUAAAUGCCUUCAUAUAUAAAUAAAGUAGCAACAGGCCAAUAAUUUAUUAGAGGAUUGUUUAUUGAUCAUUAAAGAAAUUUUUUAUUUUCCGUAAGUCAUUAAAACGGGGUUGUUUCAAUUAUUGAUGUUUAAAAACCUGGUUAGGAAUAAUUUGCCAAAUAAAUAGCAAAUUUGAAUGGGAAAUCUAAGAGCAGAGAAAUAUGUUGGUCAUCAAAAAGAGGAGAAAUUUAUGUUGGAAAUGUAGAUGGAACUGUUACUAUUUGGGAUGCUCGAAAUUCACAUUAACUAUGUAAUUUGUAAUAUUAUAAAAGUUGUUUUAAAGGCUCAUGAUUCAGACAUAACAAAACUGCAAUGGCUUAAUGCAGAAAAUACAUUAUUAACUGCAUCAAAAGAUAAAAAAAUUAAGGCAUGGUAGUUACCAUAAUUUUGGAGAGACCCAAAAGUAAUGGAGAAAGAAAAGGAAAUAGAAAAUUCAAUCAGUUAUAAAAAAUUGAGAGAAUCUUUAUUUUAGGAUUCUAAAAUAUCUUUAGAGUAGCAGUUAGGAGAAAAUGAAGAAAAUGGAAUGAUCAUUUGGAAUUAACCAUAACAAAAACAUUCUGGUAAUAGUUUUGAAGAUUUAACUGAGUUGAAUUGA